AUGCCGAAUCACACUGCGUACCAGACAGACCAGCAGCUGUGCACGCACAACUCAGAUAUGACGAAGAACGUUGGAGGGAUCGGCAACCUUUCCUCGCCUCGCGCGGCUACAUGCUACGACCAAGAAGACAUAUGGCCACUACCCCAUCGCGAGCACCUCAUAGAUGCCACGCGGAUGUCAGAUGGAAAGCUCGUGUAUAUCAAGCGAGUGAGGACAGGAGACACAGAGUCCCAGAUAGCAUCAAUGCUCUCUUCCGAACCUCUUUCGACGGAGCCUCGAAACCACUGUGUACCCAUUCUUAAUAUGUUCCAAGACAACGACGACGCUGCUAUCUCCUACAUGGUCAUGCCAUUUCUGCGCCUCAUCGAUAGACCUCCAAUGGAGACGGGCGAGGAAUUCGUCGACUUCGCAAACCAGGUUCUGGAGGGACUUGUGUUUCUACGCGAACACGGUGUCGCACAUAGGGACUGCGAAUACAAGAACACCAUGAUGGACGCGAGCGCGAUGUAUCCCAAGGCUUUCAUCCCAUCAAGGAGAUAUGUCUUCCUGUACUACUACGUCGAUUUCGGCCUGUCUACCUACUUCCCUCCAGACGCCGAAUCGAGGGUAGUGGUUGGUGUUGUCGGCCGAGACCAGGAGGUGCCAGAGCUGUCCGAGGAUGUCCCGUAUGACCCGUUCAAGGUCGACGUCUUCAUUAUAGGAAACAUGUUGCGCAACGAAUUCCAAAAAAAGUAUCUGAACUUCAACUUCUUGACCCCCCUGGUGAAGUCCAUGACACAGCCUGAUCCUGCGUCAAGGCCAAGUGCACAGCAAGCGCUAGCACAAUGGCAGUCCAUCCGUGAUAGCUUGACAUUCUGGACGCGACGAUGGAGACUAAAGCCGCGCACAGACCCACUACUUACAGAAGUCGUCUGUGAUGCAUAUUCGUUGAUGGUCACCGCAAGUGAUGUUGGCCGACAAUUGCUCGGAGGGCAUCAGGGUGUCUGGCAUUGA